CUUUUCCGAAAUUAAUGCACGAUUUUGUGUUGCUACAGUUGGUAUCGAAACGUUUCCGUAGCUGUCAUAACACAAACAUAACACAAAUCAUUAUAUUUUAGAAGCAAUUUUUACACAACAAAAAAUGUCUAAGAAGGUCGAGACCAGUGACAAUGAAUUAUUGUCGACUCCACGAUCAAAAAAGCUGAAGAAACAGAAAAAGCAAAAUCGAUCAGUGGAUGUAGACGAUUCCGAAGUUCCGGUCGAAGUUGUCGAGGACAGUCCAAUGGUUGAAAUGUCGGCGGCGGAGCGACUAAAAUCUUUAACGCCCAAAUCGUCAGCCAUUAAACCGAAAAAGAAAAAAGGUCGAAAGGAUAGUGGAACGUCGAGCGAAGAAGAGCGAUGGCUGGACGCUAUUGAGUCAGGAAAAUUGGAACAGGUUGACGAUGAAUUGAGGAAAAUAAAAGAUCCGAAACUGAUGACCGCACGUCAGAGAGCAAUGUACGAAAGAGGGAAUUGUAAUGAUAAGGAUCAAAUACCCGCCGAAAUGUUGAUGUCCUUGCCGACGGGAUACAAAGAAAAAGUACUCACUGCCGAAGCUAUCCAAAAAGCGCAGAUCAAAUCACAGAAACGAAAGCAGUUGGCUGAUGAGAAACGCGAAAAGGAUAAGAAGAAAACCAUGGAACGGUUGCUGAAGAAACAGGAAUCGAAAAUUGGAAAGGGUGGCAAAAAUCGAAAUGUUAAGACAACCGUCCCAUUGAUUUCAUAUAAGAAUACAGCGAAAGGAUCGACGCUGACAAUUCCACCGAAUUUCGAUUUUCCAUUUAAAGUACAGGACUGUUGUGCUCCGCCCGAGGUGCAGAGAUGCGCUCUAUGCGAAAGUCCGAAACGAUACAAUUGCUCGCGGACGAAUAUUCCGUUGUGCAGCUUUAAAUGCUACAAAUUGAAUGUAGCGUCGCUCAAAGAAAUCAUGUGCUGAUUUGGACUGUGUACCGGCCGUUUCGUAUGGCAGUGCAAGUUUUUUUGCCGUCAGAACAG